AUGCAGAAGCAGACCCCCUCGUUCAAUGUGGACGCUUUGGAUAGCGUGAUCGAUGAGAUCACACUGAGUACUGCAUUCUCGGGCACAGGGGGUGCCGAGCUGGCAAUGUGUGGCAUGUUCAAGUGUAUUCGCCAUUUCAGUGCCAACCCAGAUCAGACGCACAAGCCAACCACAUUGUAUGCCUUGGAAUAUUUCCGACCGUCCCAGCGUGAGCUCCUGGCGCUCCCCCAUCCGCCGCGCUGCGUGUUCGGAGACAUUACGUCUGGCAUUAACCCGAAAGUUCGGCGUGACCUGAUCAACAAUGCCUACAGGAUGCCAUACGAUCGGUUGUCCAGUAUGUUCAGGAACAACCCCAACAUCAUGUCUCGUACAAUGAUGUGCGUCGUCCAUGGGAAGGAGUGUCCGCUGCCUCGCGCGACUGCGCACUUCGGAGGCACGGAGUGCGUGGCAUGGAGCUCGCAAGGAGCCCACGACGGAGCCUCAGGUGCUCGCGUGCUACCCUGGUCGUGUUGGGUGGGCCAGCGCCUCCUCAUUGAGGACGACUUCAUCGGCCACGAGAACGUUCCCGAGUUCCCGUGGGACCUCCUGCGGGUGGAGCUGGAGUCCAAGUACGCGUGCCUGCCCGAGAAUUCCUGCGUCAUUUGCGCAGCCGACCACGGUCAAGCAUAUCGCAGGAGCCGGAGGGUCUCCAUGUUCAUCCAUAAGCGGGUCGUCUUGCUGAUGCGCGGUCCGUGCCGCCCUUUCUUUUCCGAGUUGGAGCAGCAGUGUCGGCGGGUGUGCGGGUUUACGUGGCGAGAGUAUUUCUGGGCUGCCGACGAUGACGCUGACCUUCUCCGCGAGAUAGCAGCUGCCGCUGGUCGCAGGAUGCGGUCUGUGAACAUGCCGCGGCGCGUCUCCCCCCUCGGGCUCCGCCUGAGCCCCUGCCCUCGCGUCGGCCCGCCCUCGUCCUCCACUCGACCCCCUCGCCUCGACGUCGCUCCGCUCGCUUCGGUCGCCCCGUCAUCGCCGUCGCUUCGCGCCCGCAGGGAGGCGCUGUCGGGGCAUGUUCGCCAGACGCUUCAAGCUUCCAGGAGCGUGCUGUCCGAGGCGAACGACCCCGCCACUCAGGCAGAGAAGGCUCGCCUUGUCCGGAGCGACGCAGAUGCAGCUCUUCUGGUCGCUGAGCUCCGGAUCAGAGAUACGUACGCCGCAAUGACAAAGACGGGUGCCCCUGAUGCGGAGUGCGUUGCUGCGCUCGGUCAGACGCCAGGUGUACAUUCGCACUGCACCUGGGGCAGUGGCCUGCUCUUCACCAUCAUCAAGCACUCUGAGUUCUACUACAGCACCGCCCACGCGCGCUGGCUCACUGCAGCAGAGCUCCUGACAAUUGUCAGGCGUUCGGACAUGGGUCAGUUGGAAUCCACGUACCGUAAGCUGAGGAAGCGUCUGUCAGAGGACUAG